AUGGCGUCCACGAUGAAAGCAUGGCAGUAUAACAGCACAAAAGGCGGCAUCGAGAAAAACCUGCAACUCAACGAUGCUGCACCGCAACCCACCAUCUUCGACGAACAGAUCCUCGUUGAAGUCCAUGCCAUGGCCCUCAAUCCAGUUGACCAUAAAGUCACCGAAGGUCCUCUGCCACUACGUCUCAUAGGUACCAACAUCACCCCCGGCGCUGACUUUUGUGGUAAAGUAGCCAAGGUGGGAAAGAAGGUGGACUCAUUUCAGAUUGGCGAGUUUGUGUUUGGCGCAAAAGUUGGUGCGCUGACGGGCGGAACGCUGGCGCAGUAUGUGGCUGUGGAGAAGAACAUGUUGACGCGAUUGCCCGAGGGGGUAAAGGUGGAGGAUGCGGCCGGUGUGGGGGUUGUGGGGUUGACUGAGUAUCAAGCACUUGUGCCCAACGUUAAGAGCGGCGAUAAAGUCUUCAUCAAUGGUGGUUCGGGUGGUACUGGCGUCUACGGCAUUCAAAUCGCAAAGGCCCUGGGUUGCCACGUUACGACUACUUGCUCAACGCCCAACGUCGACUUCUGCAAGAGCUUAGGCGCUGACGAGGUCAUCGACUACAAGACUAAUGAUGUUGUCGAGACGCUUUCUGCCAAAGGCCAGAUCUUCAGCCUUGUGGUGGACAACAUCGGCACACCUGCUAACCUCUACAAAGCCGCAUCGGCGUUCCUACUAUCAACCGGAAAGUUCGUUCAGAUCGGCUCGACGCUGAGCCUCGGAAGCAUCAAAACCGUCGGCGGAAACAUGCUGCUCCCAAAAUUUCUCGGCGGAGGCAAGAAUAGCUAUCAGAUGUUGAUGACGAAGCCGUCGGCGGAUGCACUAGGACAGCUUGCUGAGUGGUUCAAGGAGGGCAAGUUGAAGGGAGUCGUGGACACUGUGUUUGAUUGGGAGGAUGCACCCAAGGCAUUUGAGAAGUUGAAGACUGGUAGGGCGAAGGGUAAGGUCGUGGUUAGGGUGCCACAGGACAAGGCCAAAGAGAAGGCUGCUGAUGAGAGUGCUUAG